AUGCGCGGUGAUGCGAGAUUGUCCAAUGCCACUGUGACUCUCUCUCACCACGUUCCGCAGAAGCGCUCUAGCCGCUGCGCAUGUCCUGCAACGAUCAAUCGCUCUCCUCCUGAACGCACAGCUCACCUCAACUUCCUCGUUCCAACUCUCCUUGCCCCCUCUUUGCCUCUCCAUGCCCCCCUUCCUAUGCUACUACCCUGUUAUCACCCCGCCUUCCCUCCUUUCCCUCCCUUUCCUCCUUCCACUCCCUCUUCUCAUCCCCUCUCCCAACAACCCUCACUCAUCUGUCGCACAACCCUCUUCCGGUCCCUGCGUGCCCCCAUGCCCCUCCCCGCGUUGCUUCCCUCCCCCCACACUCCACCGUGCCCGCUGACCUCCGUGAGCCCGCGGCUGCACCCCCUGCGUCCAACCCUCUCCUGCCUUCGCUGGCAGUCAAGCUGUUUUGCACGUGCUGGCAGUGUGGGGGCAGCUUCGGGGCGGCUGGCAGGCGUGGUCGGCCAGCAGCGACUGCUCCACCGUGCAGGGCGUCGCAUGCGACGCUCGCAGGCAACGUCGUCUCCCUGGUACGUGAGGCAUGUGAGUGCUGCUCCAGCGCAUGUGAGUGCUGCUCCAGCGCAUGUGAGUGCUGCUCCAGCGCAUGUGAGUGCUGCUCCAGCGCAUGUGAGUGCUGCUCUAGCGCAUGUGAGUGCUGCUCCAGCGCAUGUGAGUGCUGCUCCAACGCAUGUGAGUGCUGCUCCAGCGCAUGUGGGUGCUGCUCCAGCGCAUGUGGGUGCUGCUCCAGCGCAUGUGAGUGCUGCUCCAGCGCAUGUGAGUGCUGCUCCAGCGCAUGUGAGUGCUGCUCCAGCGCAUGCGAGUGCUGCUCCAGCGCAUGUGGGUGCCUUCAGAGUACUCUCGGCCCGCUUGCCAGGGGCGUGCCAGCAACGUGUGCAGGUACUGGCUAUGCCCCGGGGAUGGGACGCACCAUCAACGUCCCAGGCAUCCCUCUCCUCACCUCAGUACAUUGCCCCAUCUGUAGUCCUUCCACGUCUCCCCUCCCUCUCCCUCUCCUAA